GUUAGCGUUUACGCUAAUGGCCACUAGGCCACCUGAGGUAAGGGUCUGAUUUAUCUGAGACAAGCCCUCCACCCCCAGAUUAAUCGAUGACUAAUCAUUGAUUCGAUUUUGAGGAGGAUCGCGUUAGCGCUGCGCUUUUCUUACAGUACGGAACAAACAACAACACACCUGCUCUGCUUCUCCAACGACCGCGUCAAGAACCUAUGAUUUUCACCCUUCCCUUUACGGUAUUUACGACAGAUGCCCCCUCGCCCUCCUAGCCAGAUCAAAUUCGUAUCUCCCUCACCCGACGAACAGGGGAGAGUGUGGAAUGGCUCAUGCAUCUAGGACCUCUCAGCAAAGACCCCUACCCUCUACCGACAGCGGGAAACGGAGUUUUUGCCCCACCCGGUGAAGCGGUUAUUUAUCUCCCCGGAUACGAGACCGAUCGAACCCUCCUACGGUUUUGGGCGUACAGCGUAGACGAGAAAGAUGGGCCAUAUGUGAAUUAUGAGUUUGCGUACGACAUGUACGACAUGUGCAUGGCGAUGGCCAACAAUGCCGGACCUGGGUUCUUCACGAAAGGACGAGAGCCGAGCAGCGAAAAGGUAGAGGCGGAAAAAGGCGGUUUGCUGGCGAAGCACAAAUAUUUCUUUCACGUUGGAAGUGACACAUCGACCGUGCUAGAGAAAUGCCCGGUUCUGCGAAGCUUUCGGGACUUCACGUUCAGGCCGGAAGAUGUGGGCGAGCAUUGGCGGAAGGCCGUUCCGGGGGAGAGAAGCGCAGACUGUUACUUACCGGAUGCAUGCUGCGUGAGUGGUGAAGAUGUGAUGAUAGAAGUAGCGCAUUUGACUCCAAAGACGGAAUGGCUAUUCUGGAAGGAGACUGCGUUGCACCGAUACGCGAUGGAGCCAAUCCCUCGCACCCAAGGACGUGAAACCUAUACUCGGAGCAACACCAUUUCACUGGCUUCCAACCUACACAAGAUGUUUCAUGCCGGCCAUUUCGAUACAAAGGUUAUAUUGUUAACUUCUCAAGAGAUACCGGCAAGGUUUACAGCAAUCUUCCAUUACCUCUAGAGCAUCUGGAAAUUGUCCAGUUGCGUCCAGGCGACACAGCAAAUAGCAGGCUCUUAGCCAAGUAGUUCACGAAAGACUUCCGUGUCAGUCGCUCCGUUAUUGCGAGGUAGCUCGCUCGAUUACCUCUAUCCUAACCAUCCCGGAUA